AUGACAACUAUAUUACAAACUGUAGGAUUGGCUAUAAGGAUCAUAAGGAUUAGCUUACUGGAACUGACGGCGGUAUUCAGUGAUGGUGAUAGCAAAGGUCUAAAACUUGAGAAUGCCAUGGUGCUGACGGGAGUGCCGGCCCUGAUGGUGGCACUGGUCCUGGGCACUUCGGCGAGCCCUCUGCCAGUGCGCGUGUCUCCUACGGCCUCCCACCAGGAGAGGCUGAAGGCCGCGCGCGCUCUCCUGCAGGAGUCUCCUCUUGUCGAUGGCCACAACGACCUAGCCUGGAACGUCCGCAUGAUCCUGCACAACAAACUGCGCACCUUCAACCUGUCCAGCGACCUGACGCAAGAGAAGCCGUGGCGGAAGUCCCCGUACUCGCAGACGGACCUCCCGCGCCUGCGCAGGGGACUCGUCGCCGCGCAGUUCUGGUCCGUCUACGUCCCUUGCGAGGCGCAGUACAUGAACACAGUGCAAUUGCUGCUCGAACAGAUUGACGUCAUCAAGAGGAUCAUAGCUGCCAGUCCCAGGGAGACGAAGCUGGUGACGUCAUCAGGAGAAAUCCUCGAGGAAUUUGGGUGUGGUCGCGUUGCCAGCUUGUUGGGCGUGGAGGGCGGCCACGGUCUCGGCAGCAGCAUGGGCGUACUGCGGGCGCUGUACGAUUUGGGCGUGCGCUAUCUGACGCUCACCCACAAGUGCCACACGCCAUGGGCCGAGUGUUCCGAGACGAUCAACCACGUGGCACCCAACGCUCCGGGCCUCACGCAGUACGGCAAGGAGAUGAUCCUGGAGAUGAACCGCCUGGGGAUGAUGAUCGACCUCUCCCACUCCUCCUCCCAGACGGCGAGGGACGUCCUGGCCACCACCCGCGCCCCCGUCAUCUUCUCGCACUCCGCCGCCUUCGCCCUCUGCGACGCCCCCAUGAACAUACCGGAUGACGUCAUCAGCGCUUUGGUCGAGAACGAUGGUGUCAUUAUGGUGAGCUUCUACAACGAUUUCCUCACUUGUGGGAAGCCUAGCAACAUAGCCAGUGUUAUUGAACACAUCAAUCACGUACGCACGAUGGCGGGCGUCGAUCACGUGGGCGUGGGCGCUGGAUACGACGGGAUUAAUAGGACUCCCGAGGGCCUCGAAGACGUGUCCAAGUACCCCGAGCUGUUCGCCGAGCUCCUCCAGGAUCCGUCGUGGUCGCUGCAGGACCUCAAGAAGCUCGCGGGACUCAACUUCCUUCGGGUCUUCGGCAAGGUGGAGGAGGUGAGCCAGCACCUGUCGGAGGAGAAGCCUUCGGAGGAGAUCAUUCCCAUUCACGACAUCGACGCCAAGUGGCCGUGCCGGUACAAGUUCGCCAGCCUCGACAACGCCCUCAUCUGA